AAGACUACCUCAUUUUGAAGCUUUUUCAGACGCCAUGUCAGACGCAGGAAGCGAGGCAGAAUAUCAGGAGGAAGGGCCUAGCAUUGGGAUCUAUGAAGGAGAGAGGAACGAAAACAAAGAGCGCCACGGCAGAGGGAAGAACAUCUUUCCCAAUGGGGACAUAUACGAAGGCACAUACUUAAAUGGUGCCCGCAACGGGUUUGGUGUCUACAAGUGGAAGAAAACUAGAGCCCGAUAUUCUGGUGAAUACAAGGACAAUCUUCGGGAUGGACAGGGAGAUUUCGUAUAUCCUGACGGAUCUAAAUACAGAGGUCAAUUCAAGGAGGGCAAACGACAUGGACAAGGAACCUAUGUGUAUGUGAAUGGAGAUACAUAUAUUGGCGAAUGGGAGAACGAUAAGAAACACGGCAAAGGCGCAUAUACAAUCAUAGCAAAUGGAAGCAAGAUGGAGGGUGAUUGGAAGGAUGGUUUACUGAAAGGGACUGGCAAAGUGAUCCAUGCCGAUCACAUUCUGAAAGCUACAUUUAUCCAGGGACAGCCGGAGUUACCGGCUAGUAUUACUUUUAAAUCAACUGGAUACACUAUCCCCGUUACUGAUAAAGGGUUAUUGGGACAGCGAGCGGUUAUGGCGGGUGGGGAUGAAUAGGGCCUUCUUGUAAAUGUUUGGAUUCCAAGAUCAGCAAUAGUAUGAUGACAUGUUAGGGUCAUUAGUACCUCAAUCAAGAAAGUCGUCUGGAAUAAGCAUAUUCCGCAUGUGUUCUUAUUAUAGUAUCUAAAUUUCAC